UCAAAGAGAAAUUACACGUAGGGGGGUGUCGCUCGUACGAUAGCUAAGAAGCUCGGCGAAUGAGCAAGUAGUGUUUACAGCACAAUUUGCGAGCAUAACGAAAAACGUAAAUGAUUAUCUCUAUUAGCCAGGUAUACAAAACUGUGUAUUGUUAUUACUUCUCACACAACUACUUCCCAUUCACACGGUUAUCAGACAUAUAACAUUGUAGCAUACGGUGUGGCAAAACAUGCGGCUCGCCAACCUGGGAAAUGGCUAUGACAACUGACAAUAUCAGCAACCGCGUGUCAACAUGGCAGACGAUGAUGAUGCCCCCCGGCCCAUGUCCCCCAAGCUCCAUGCAAAGCCAAAGUCCAAGAUCUCAGCCUCCCGAAAACUGUCCCUGAAGAUCCUUCUGCUUCAGCGGGCAAUGGAUGACCUUGAGCAGGAAAGGGUCACUCGUGAUGAACAAAAAGUGUGCUACAUUGGAGACAAACUCCCACCCCUUCAGACAGCCGGACUGCCAAUGGAGGAUCUACAGAAACUGUGUAAGCAGCUCCAUGCCAAGAUCGAUGUUGUGGAUGAGGAACGGUAUGACUGUGAGGCCAAAGUCAUCAAGAACGGCAAAGAUAUCCAUGAGCUGAAGAUGAAGGUGAUGGACCUGGGGGGUAAGUUUAAGAAGCCUCCCCUGAGAAAGGUGCGAGUCUCUGCUGACGAGAUGAUGAGGGCGCUGCUGGGCUCCAAACACAAGGGCACCAUGGACCUCAGGUCCAACCUCAAGUCCGUCAAGAAAGAGGAGCGCAAAGAAGAGAAGGCGGAUGACGUCGGAGACUGGCGUAAGAAUGUGGAGGCCAUGUCCGGCAUGGAGGGCAGGAAGAAGAUGUUCAACGCUGCUGGAGGUGGUCAGUGAGAGGUCACAUGACCACAAGAGGAGGAGGCAGGGAGGAGAGGAGGAGGAGGAGGAGGAGAAGGAGGGGGGAGGGCAGAAGAGAGGAGUGGAAGAUAGGCCAUGUAGCAGGUACCCCCGUACCCUGAGCCCCCCCCCCCCCCCCAGCACAAGGAGGAGUGUGUUCCGUGCCCCCCCAGCACAAGGAAGAGUGUGUUCCGUGCUGUGGACAGUCGGUUUUAGGUUGAUGGUCAACUUAGUCAGAUGUCAGAUAGUCUGAGACUGCCAUGGAGCCAAAUGAGGCUGAAAUCACUAUUUUUUUAUAUUAGGAAUGAAAAGAUCUAAAAGACUAUAAAAACUCACUGAACCACUCAAUAUCUCUUUAUAAUAGCCUUUUAGUGUCUAAAUAUCUCUUUAUAAUAGCCUUUUAGUGUCUAAAUAUAUCUUUAUAAUAGCCCUUUAGCGUCUAAAUAUCUCUUUAUAAUAGCCUUUUAGUGUCUAAAUAUCUCUUUAUAAUAGCCCUUUAGCGUCUCCAGCCUCCAGGGGCUAGAUGCCUUGGCAAAGAAGAAAAGCAGGACAUCAGUUGAGCAUGUGGGCGAAUGAUGAACGUGUUCCUGUUCUCUCCCCCCUCUCUCCUCUUCUCCUCUCACAGGUAGAUUUAUAGCUGUUUUUAUUGCAGACCAGACUUAAAUGAUAAAUACUACAUAUAAACUCUGCCGAGUCUGGGGAGAUUAAUCUGUGCAUUUUGACUUGUGAAACGUAAUAAAAGAUGUAAAUAAUG